AUGAGCUUUCGCUCAAAUUUCACCGCGCCGUUCUGGAUUCGAAAAUUUUCGCUUAUAUCGGCAGCCUAUUUUUUUUUUUAAUUAUUAUUUUGUGAAUCUGUAAGAGAAGAGAAGAGAAGAGGAGAGCGGAAUGGCGAAGAAACUAAGCGGGAAGACGACGUCCAUGGAUGACGACGUAGAUCGGUUGUUUCGUUGUUUCAAGUGUGGAAUCUCUCCCCCUGCCUCUGCUAUGAGAGAAAGGAAACGGAGCAAAAAGAAUUUGAAUCCGGAUAACAACACUUCUUCUCCUGGGACCUGUAAGAAGCCAACUUCUCUGUCUGGAAAAAGAAACCAGAUCGAUGCAAGUCUUCUCAGCCUUGACUCCCUUUCUGGUUCAAGCAAUGUAAAGAAGAAGACUAUUGGGAGACAGUUCUCACCAGUUGUGUUCUACGGCUCUCCCAGUGGCGUUCCUCCCAAAAGACCCUUGAGUUUGCUAAGGCUAUUGCGCGAGAUACGUAUUGAUCUCACUGAAGAAAGGAAAGCUAUCUCCAGGAAACAAGUUUGGGCUACAUUCCCUAGGCAAGACGAAGCGAUUAAGUUUGAAAAGAGGCAUGACAAUGCGCGGGUGUUUAGCUAUCAAGAUCAUUUUAGCGGCCAGAGAAGGUUUCUGGUUUCUACUUAUGAUGAAUUCUGGAACAGAUACAACUCUAUGGAUUCAAGGCAUCGACACCAUUACGAAGUGAUUCAAGAGGGACUGCCAUGCCAUAUGUACUUUGAUUUGGAGUUCGAUCAGAGAGUAAAUGAACGAAAAGAUGUGGAUGAAAUGGUUGAUAUCUUGAUAUCAGUUCUUCUAGAAGCCUUGCAUGAGAAAUAUGCUAUUGAAGGGCAAGAGGAGUGGAUAGUGGAGCUGGAUUCCUCUACUAAAGAUAAGUUCUCUCGUCAUUUGAUUGUCAUCAUUCCAAAGGUUGCUUUCAAGGACAACUUACACGUUGGUGCUUUUGUAGGAGAGCUAUGCUCACGGGUAGUAAGUGCGAAGGACAAAGAUGAGAGGUUACGCAAGUUGUUUGUUCAUAAAGAGGCUAAUGAUUCGGCAUCCCUACUUUUCGUGGAUACUGCUGUUUAUUCGAGAAACCGUUGCUUCCGUCUUGCAUUAUCAUCCAAAGCUGGAAAGACGUCGGUUCUUCUACCUACAGGACGGUUCAAAUGUAAGGAUAUGAGCGAACAAGAUGUAUUCAUGUCAUCCUUAAUCUGCAACGUGGCAUCAGACUGUGAGAAGCUUCUGGUUUGCAAGAUGGAGUCAGACUGUAUGAAGACACUUUGCUUUGACACAGAGGUGAACAAUAACAGUAUUGUAAGAGACCAGAGAGCUCAUAGAUUCCAAGUGGAUGCUUGCACAAGUGACAUGUCAACAUCCUACUUCGGGGGCAAGUCCCCGUUCCCGCUAGUGGACCAAUUCGUAGAAUCCAUUGCUUCCACCGGGAAUGUCUCAGGUAAGAUAAGGUGCUGGUACUGGUUUUCAGAAGAAAGCCUGAUUGUGUACAGCAUGUUAAGAAAUAGAUACUGCGAACGCAUUGGCAGGGAACAUAAAAGCAAUCAUGUGAUGUACAUUGUUGACAUCAGAAGGGGAAUCUAUUAUCAGAAAUGCUAUGAUCCAGAUUGUCGAGAUUAUAGAUCUCCUAUACGUCCAGUUCCAGAUAGUUGCUUACCUGAAGAUAUAGUUUACCAUCAAGGGGAGGCACAGAAUGUAUGUGAUAACCUUUACACAGAAGGAGGAAAUUACAUUGAUAAUGAAUGCGAUCCAGAUAGUGCUUCCAGCAGAGACUCAUGGUGGCUUGAAGCAGCUAAAAUUGCAGAUGAUCUUGAAAUCAAACCCAAGACAGUGGAACCUCAUGCCUUGGAAAGUUUCGAGGAAGAUGAUGACUGGUGGAUAGCUGUCGAAGAGUCCCUACAAGGAAUCUCAUCUUUAAGUCCUUCCCUAAAAUGCCCUUUGAUUUAGACAAAGUCAAGAAUACUCUGGGUUCUGUUUUCUUCCCUUUUCUCUCCUUAAAACAACCAUCGUUUCCUCCAAACCUAACCUCAAAACAGAUCUCUCUAAUGGCUUCGCUCCCAGUUUUCAUUCCGGCCAAGUUGUUU